GCCCAGCAUGAACAUGGAUUCCUCAAAGAACGCUCUUGGAAAUACUGUACUCAUCUCCAUUCUCUUUGCUUGUGUUCUUUGCCUUUGUAUCUGGUCUGCCUCUCUAUCAAACCCUUUGUUAUUCUCAUUUCAAAGAUCUAACCAUUGCCCAUCUCACUCACAAACUGACAUGAAAACGUUGAAGUUUCCAACAGAUGAGCUUGAAUUGGCUUUAGUGAAAGCCUCAACACCAAACAAAACAGUGAUUAUUACCGUUGUUAACCAGGCUUAUGUAGAACAGAGUGUUGACGCCGAAACAACAAUGCUUGAUCUUUUUCUUGAUAGUUUUUGGCUAGGAGAGGACACUAGGCCACUUCUUGAUCAUCUACUCGUAGUUGCUGUCGAUCAAAUUGCUUAUGAGAUGUGUUUUUUCAAGGGGCUAAACUGUUACAAGCUGGAAACAGAAGGUGUUGAUUUUGGAGGAGAAAAAAUUUAUAUGUCACAAGAUUUUAUCAACAUGAUGUGGAGAAGAACUCGUUUUCUAUUAGAUGUUCUCAAGCGUGGCUACAACUUCAUUUUCACGGAUACUGAUGUAAUGUGGCUCAGGAACCCUCUUUCAAGGCUAAGCAUUUAUAACGAAAGCGUGGACCUCGAAAUUAGUACUGACCGGUUUAAUGGCGACCCAGAAUCUGAAAAGAAUCCCAUCAACACAGGCUUCUACUAUAUUAGAUCAAACAACAAGACAGUCUCAUUGUUUGAUGCCUGGUAUGGCAGGAAAGACAAUUCUACAGGCAAAAAAGAGCAAGACGUGUUCUUUGACCUGAUGGACGAGGGAAUGUUUGGGCAACUGGGCCUUCAAGCAAGGUUCCUGGACACUGUCUACUUUAGUGGGUUUUGCGAAGAUAGCAAGGAUAUUAAGGCAGUAAUCACUGUCCAUGCUAAUUGCUGUCGGAGUAUAAAUGCCAAGAUUAAGGAUUUAACUGCAGUCCUUCGUGAUUGGAAGAAGUUUAAGGCGACUAGUGCUGAAGCAGCUGCAGCUCGUAGUACUGUAACUGUGCCUUUCAGUUGGACAGGACACUUUGGAUGUUUGGAUUCUUGGGAUAAUAAUGUUUAGUUUAGGGUUAUUUUGCUAUUCAUUAGAGAUAACCCGAACAAAAAUUAACGGUCAAUUUACACUUCAAUUUGGAUA